AAAAAUAAAGGAAAAACCAGAGAGGUGGAGUUUCAUAUGAAAAGAAUGGGGGAUUUACUCAGCAACCACAGCUGUCUGUUCUGCAUUCACAGUGUUGGUUUCCGCCGAGCGUUUAUCAGGUGCCGCGCACAGGAAGGACGCCACUCACACUCACACUCAGACAGACGCUUCCUCUCAGCAAUGUGCACCAUGUCCUCCUCCACUGCGCUUCUGUUCUGGAUGGCCUCAGCAGUAGUAACAGUUUGCUUCAGCAGUGAUGGGCAUACUAAAAUCUAUGGGAUUAAAGGACACUCCAUUCGCCUAGACAUUCCUGCACAGCGUAAUGACUCAGAACUCGUGUGGAAACUGCAAGAUGGGACAAUAAUAGUUAAAGACAAAACUGUGGCUCCAAGGUAUCAGCAGAAGGUGUUCUUUGACAAAGAUUUCUCCAUCCAGUUGACCAAUCUGAAUGAGAAUGACAAUGGAAUUUACAUUGCUAUUAACCUCGAAGGAAAAUGGAAGGAAACAACACUAGUCUCCUACGAAUUAGUAUCAUGGAGGCCGUGUCCAAACCCAUCAUAAAGAUAAACUCCUCUGGUCUCCACGGCAACUCCUUUGGUCGAAACUGUAGCUUCCAUGUGAACUGCUCCUCCUCCGGCUCGUGGGCUGCAUACAGCUGUGACGAGAACCACUGCUCACCACUGCGGUCGUCGCCCCUGGCAACCGGUGUCAACAUCACCGUCGUCUCUGGGAACAACGGACACAUCGAGUGCAACGCCAGCAAUCUGGCCAGCAAAGAGACGGGACGGCAACAGCUACCUGAGGACUGUUUGGAGGACGGCUCAGCAAAGCAGUCGCCGGACCCAGAUCUCAGGUGGACGGUCCUCCUCAGUGUGAUCGUUGCUUCACUGCUGUUGCUUGUGUGUGUCAUACUCAUCGUAAGGACGUUUCGAAAGAAGCCCUCGGGAAUGGAAGAUACACCUCAUAAGCACCAUGACAUACCGACCGUCAUCGUCACAGAAAGCGACGCCGAUGAGCCCAGCCGGCAGGAAGUGAACUCCGUCUACAGUGUCGUCAACAAGGCUGCCAGAUGCCUCGUGUCGAGCCAUGACGCUCCGAUAAAGUUGAAAAAUCAGACAUCCAGGCCAGUGGAUACAGAGGGAGAGCAUAGAGCACAGCGCCAACAGAGAAACAGAAGGAAACAGCGCCCCCAAGAGGACAAAAACAUGACCAUAUACACCACAGCCACAAACCCACUGGAGAAACAGCACCCCCUAGAGGACACAGACAGGACCAUAUACACCACAGCCACAAAACCACUGGAGAAACAGCACCCCCUGGAGGAUACAGACAGGACCAUAUAUGACACAACCAGAACACAACAGAAUGCACAGCUUCCGCCACUCGUCACCAACACGAGCCAGACAGAAACCAACCAGGCUGACACUGUGUAUUACACGCUGGGACACAUGAACAGUGGUCAGCACUGACCAAUGGAACCAGGCUGAGGACACAACAGUGUGCUAAGAAAAGGAUUACUAUGACAGAAUUACUAGGAACUAAUAACAAAGUGCAGAAAGCCUUUACCCUCACUGAUGAUGUAUACAAAAGGUAGUUGUAUCUAUACCAAGCGGAUUGCAUAGUUACAACAUAGUAUAUGACAUAUGUAUAUAA